CGUUUUCACCGUCAUCAUCGCAACGGAUUUUUUCUUUCUCCACUUUCGUUUGUUUUUUCUUUUCUCGAAUUUUCUCUGAUUGCCUGAAAUUGUUGUUGUUUCCUUUUGAUUCCAAUUUCUCUUCUCAAUUUUCUUUUUUUUUCUGAGAGAACACCAUCUCGAUUCUUCAAACCUCAGCAGAUCCAAUUUUUAGGGUUUUUUAAAAUUUCUUCUCCUUUGAUUUUGCGUCGAUGGCAUCGAAUCCUCACAGAGGCGUUGCGGGUGGUUCCCUUUAUGGCGGCGCCGCUCCGUACAGAUCUAGAGAUGGGCUUAGCACUAGAAAUGCUACAGGUUCAGAGGAAAUCCAGCUACGGAUUGAUCCGAUGCACUCUGACCUUGAUGAAGAGAUCACAGGUCUUCAUGGCCAAGUCAGGCAGUUGAAAAAUAUUGCUCAAGAAAUUGGGUCAGAAGCCAAGUUUCAGAGGGACUUCUUAGAUGAACUGCAAGUGACAUUGAUGAGAGCACAAGCCGGGGUGAAGAACAACAUAAGGAAACUGAACAUGAGCAUUAUACGUAGUGGCAACAACCACAUCAUGCACGUGGUUCUUUUCGCGCUCCUCUGCUUCUUUAUUCUCUACAUGUGGUCGAAGAUGUUUAAAAGAUGAGAGACUCAUGAUGAUUAUAUGUUAUGGAUUAGGAAACAUUGGCCUAGGGCCCAACUUUAAUAAAAUAUACUAUUAAAAGC